CGUUCAAUAAAUGAACUGUAAAUUUGUUGCUAGCUUCACAAUGUUGCAGUCACCAGACAAGUGUGUCUCAUGACAUUUAAACCAUGGACAAAGUGUGUCCUCAUUUGUCACUUGUGUUGAAAGUGGACAAAGAAGAACUUUUGCUCAAAGCCGAGGGACAAUGCAGCACAUGUGGAAAAAAGGAAAAACUAUGGGGCUGUUUGCAGGGAGGUUGUCAAUAUAUUGGUUGUGGAGAAUCCAUUCACGACCACAGUACCAAACAUUAUAAGAAAUUAAAGCAUUCAGUCACAGUCAACUUGAAUUCGUUCAGAAUCUGGUGCUAUGCCUGUGAAUUGGAAGUUCAUCUACCUUCUGCUUUUACAUCAACUGAGAUGAAAGCACUGAGAAAAGAAAAGAGGCUUCAAUCGCCAACAACAGCUGGUCAGAACACGCCAAAGAAAACACCUGAACAUCAUAAAAAGGACCACUCUCAACAAAGAGCAGAAUCUGUGCCCACAGAAUCCCAGAACAUUUAUGGAACUAUGCAAUCCCCACUUGGAUUGACAGGUUUAAGAAAUAUGGGCAAUACCUGCUACAUGAAUUCAGCUCUACAAGCAAUAUCAAACUGUUCUCCUUUGAUCAAUUAUUUUCUACAUGAAUUUGAUUACCUGGAUAUUGAUAUCAAACCGUCGAUGGCUCGUAGUUAUCGCAAACUCAUUCAUGAUAUAUGGGGCCAAGUUCAACAUCAGUGUGUGACACCCACAGGAGUUCAUCAGACUUUAAAAUCAAUCAAUCCUUCGUUCAGAGGAUAUCAUCAACAGGAUGCACAGGAAUUUUUGAGAUGUUUUAUGGACCGACUUCACGAAGAACUGAAAUACAUGAUACCAAAAUGGACGAACAAUCAAGCAUCUGUGGAUAGAGAUGAUCUACAAAACUCCAUACAUACAGGAGAUGAACCCAUGGAAAUUGAUGAAAUCGAUCAUGUUCCAUCACCUUCCACUGAAUCUUCAUCUACGGAUAGUUUUACCGUUGUCUCUGAACAAGAUUUGACAAAUCCACAAUCAUCAAUGACACCAGGUAUUUCAGCUGCUUCACCUCAUACAAGAGUACAAACUGAGACACAAGAAAAUUUAACGCAACUUCACGGAAAUGAUGAAUCAGCAUCAAAACUAAGUCAUUCAAAUAAGGAUGAAUCAUUACCAUGGCAACAAAGAAAUCAAGACUCACAUUUCCGUAACUCAAGAUCCAACUUGAAAUAUCACAAACCAAAGAAAUCAGUGAAAAAAUCAUCAUAUAAAUAUAAGAGCAUAAUAUCUGAGAUAUUUGAUGGAGAAUUGCGGAGUUCAGUCCAAUGUUUGACAUGUGAUCAGGUCUCUCAUACCAGAGAAACAUUCCAAGAUCUAUCCCUACCAAUACCCGGUAAAGAUGAUCUUAUUAGAUUGCACGGAACAUCAGCGUAUUACCCAUCAAGUAGUCCCGGUACGUUGGCUGUUGUGCCUGGAUUCAAAGGUCCAUGUUCGGAAGCAACUAGGACUGAAUAUAUAUAUAAUGCUGCAUGGAAUAUGUGGGAAUGGGUAAAAAGUUGGUUUUGGGGUCCACAAAUAACAUUGAACGAUUGUCUAUCUGCUUUCUUUUCUGCCGACGAAUUAAAAGGAGAUAAUAUGUACAGUUGCAAUAAAUGUAAUAAACUUCGUAAUGGGAUGAAAUAUUGCAAAUUACUGAAAGUUCCAGAAGUUCUUUGUAUUCAUUUGAAAAGAUUCAGACACGAAUAUUUGAUGUCUUAUUCUUCAAAAAUAUCUAGUCCUGUUUCCUUCCCAAUCACGGGAUUGAAUCUUCGCCAAUUUCUUGCACAAGAUAGUCCAUCAACUUGUACAACUUAUGACUUAUCUUCAGUCAUCGUACAUCUUGGAAAUGCUGGAGGUGGUCAUUAUACAUCCUAUGCAAAAAAUAUUGUUGACAAUAAUUGGUAUGAAUUUGAUGAUCAAUUUAUCACACAAGUUCCAGAAUCUACUGUCGCUAAUGCAGAAGCCUAUGUGCUAUUCUACUGUAAGUCAAGUCCAGAAGCGGUUCGUUCAAGAGAGAGAAUCAUACAACUAUCGGAAACGAGUCACAUGGAUGUUGAUGGAAGUUCAUCCAACCUUUUACAGUUCCAUAUUUCAACAAAUUGGUUGUAUAAGUUCCUGAAUUUUGCUGAACCUGGACCUAUCGAUAACUCCAGUUUUAUUUGUCCCCAUCUUGAUGUUCUUCCUUCUGCUGCUGAGAGUCUUGACAAUCUACAAACAUUAAUUUCGAAAAAAGUUUGGCAAGAGCUGCAUGAAAAAUUUGGUGGAGGUCCUGCAGUAACAACUUUAAGUAUAUGCUCAAUAUGUGAGGAAGAACAAAAUGCAUUGGAACGCAGAAGAGUUGAGGAGAAGGAAACAUUCUUACAAAUACAGAGAACAACUGGAGAAAUGGAUUCCAGUAUGUAUAUCAAUCUUGAUUGGUUCCGAGAAUGGGAAGAUUUCUUGAAUGGAAAAUUUCCUGAACCUCCCGGAGAAGUUGACAAUUGGCCGAUAUGUUACACUAAAGAAGGGAAACAUAUCCUGAGAAAAAAUUCUUCUCAUGCCCCAAUUCCAAAGAAGUCGUGGGAUUUCUUGAUAUCUAUCUACGAUGGUGGACCAGAAGUUGUGCAACGAUCACGAAAAUCGUCAGCUACCAGUCCUAAUCGAAGCAUCAAGACUUCACCACGCUCUCCUUCGCCUACAGAACACAAAAUUCCCCAGAAUAAUAUCCAACAAGAAGAUAAUGUUGUCACAACUUUACCGGAGACUGUGAAUGAAACUAUGGAAGUUACAGAAGUAAAAUCAGAGAUUGUUGAAUCACCAACAGCGUGUGAUAGCGCACAAUAUAAAAUUGAACCACAAACGGCCACUGCUAACAUGCAAUAGAAUAUUCUAUCCUUAAUUUAAUUUUAAUGAUAGAUUUGGUCUGGUAAGAUUCCACAGUAAUUCUUGAAGGAAAAUCAAUAUUGUGUUUUAUAUACACAGCAGUGCAAAUUUCACUCAAUUUGUCUGUAACUCGGGCGUGCCAGAUAAGGUACUGGAUAGUAACAUUGUGCAGACUUGUCCAAAGAUUGAAUCUAUAUUGUGAUUGGAAAUGGGUAUUCCAUUGCUCUGAAAUAAGUUGGUUUUAUUUUAACCAGAAUGAAAGUGUUGAACAAUGCUAUAUUGAGAAAAGUGUCAGCUGAUUUUACAGUACUCUAAGGUGGUUGUAGCUGUUAAGACUGUUACUUUUGCUUCUUUUUUUCAUCUGCGUCCUAUGGCAUCCUAUAUUUCACCAAAAUUUUGUUCUUUUGUUUGAAGCGAAGUCGACCUUUUUAUUUUGUCACACUCAGCCGCCUUCUUCGCAAAUCUUUUCAGCAAACUCUGUGCUUCAAGUCCACACGAGUACGUUCAUGUCCAUGGGCAUUGCUCUCUUGUUGCUAUAAUAGUUGCUUUAUAUAUUCUCGUAUUGAUUGAUAAUUUUUUGUUGGAUUUUGUACAAAUAUUGUCAUGGUAUUUUAAAAGAGAUUCCAUAUAUGUAUUGUGGUAAUACAUUUUUGAAUGUGUUCGUAAAUUUUGCUGAAAUUUAUUGAAGAAAGUUCAAGCGUU